AUGACGCGCGCACAAUCAGACAAGCCCACGGGCGAGUACCGCCAAUAUAUACCCGACCUGAGCCUGAAACGCUUCCAGGUAAUGCGCACUCAAGACGCGCAUGAAUAUGCCCAUGAUUUCAAGACCCUUCACAACCCACCAUGGCUGCAUGCGCUGUACAUGCACUGGUUGGAUUUAUUGCAGGAGCCAUUCAAGGGUGUCACAACCGAUGGAAAUGUCCGACCCGGGCUCUUCACAUUACAAGAUGAAGAUGUUCCCAUCGGCACAAUAGUAAGUGCAGUUGAGUCUCUACUCUCCAUAGUAGACGACAAACAACGCCAAGCACUCUCAUAUCACAUCGACUCCCCCGAAUGGCGCACAUGGUCAAACCCCGAAUUCCUCCUCAGCCACAAAGGCCUCCGUCUCGACGAAGUCAACGCCGAAACCCGCGACGCAAUUCUGAACGUGCUCAAGGCUACGUUAUCACCAGAAGGCUACGACAAGGCCGUUAAAGCCAUGCGGAUCAAUCACUUCCUAGGCGAGCUCGUCGAAUCACCAAAGGUGAUGAACGAGUUCUCCUACAACUUCGUCCUGUUUGGACGUCCCUCUACCACCAGGCCCUGGGGCUGGUCGUUCUACGGCCAUCAUCUCUGUCUGAACGUGUUCCUGUACAAGGGCCAGAUCGUCGCCUCGCCGUGGUUCACAGGCGCAGAACCCAAUGAGAUCGACUCCGGUCCGUAUGCAGGCACCCGCAUUAUGCAGGUCGAGGAGGAACUGGGUCUCCGACUUAUGCAGUCGCUCAGUCCAGAUCUCCAGCAGCAGGCUCGCGUGUACGCUGAGAUGCAUGACCCCGCAAUGCCACCUGGUCGCUGGAACAAGGAUGACCAGCGACAUGUGUGCGGUGCGUAUCGGGAUAACCGAGAGGUUCCGUACGAGGGGAUCCUCGCUUCGUCGCUCAACGAGGAGCAGAAGGAAUUGCUCUACGAAACGUACUUCUCCUGGAUUGGUGGUUUUGGCGACGAGGAUCCGUUUUAUUACCGGAUUCAGAGCCCCGUGGUUCUCGUGGAGUUUGACCAUCACUCUGGCGUCUUCUUGAACAAUGAAGAGCCGAAGAAGUUCCACAUUCAUACUUUGCUGCGCACGCCUAAUGGUGGUGACUACGGAUAUGCCCUGCGGCCGUUGAUUCCCGCUGUGGAGGGAAUAGUGGGGAAGGACAUUACGUGGGAGAAGUCGGCUCUUUAG